AAGUUCCAUAUUAAACUAACGAUGUAAUACUAUAUCCACUUAUACUAGCAGCAGAACUAAACGGGCGCCAUUUGAUCAUUUGCAUCCACAACUAACAGGAUCUCCAAGCUUGAUAACAAUACCUAAGACGAUGGCAAACCAAAAUGACUUAUCUGGAUCACUUUGCGAGUACGACAAUAAAAAGAGUAAGACGGGUAAAGAACGGUACUUUUCAUUGGAAAACAACCUACUGACUUGCUUUCGGAAGAAAAAAGAAAAAAAAGAAAACAAAGACCCAAAGUAUUCCUUGGACAUCCAAGAAUGUAAAAACAUUGAACUUCAAAAAGGCAAGCACGACAACAUCCUCUGUAUUGAACACAAGGACAAAACGUUUUUCCUGAUCGCAACACGAAAGGAGGAAAUUAACCGAUGGUAUGAUGCAUUGAGUCGUUUAUGUAAUAACAGUGAUGUAGGGCACAGACCGCGAUUACGUACUGAACCUUCUAGACCCAGAAAUCUGAAGAAUGAACCCACCAAUCAACAUUUAUCUUCUCCAAGUUUUGAUAAUUUUCUAAAUGAUUCUAUUUCAAAUGAGGUGAGAUCCUAA